UUUUGUUUAUUUUUGAUUGUUUCAUUAAUGAACAUUUGUCUGUCUUUAUAAAUACAACAAGCUAGUUGCACUAGAAUACAUGGUAAUCUAGACACAAAGAAAUGGAAGCAGUAGUAUCUGAAGUUGAUGAUCAGAAGAAGCCUCAUGUGAUCAUCAUACCAUUUCCGGCACAAAGCCACAUCAAGUGCAUGCUGAAACUAGCCAGGGUGCUACACCACAAAGGCCUUGACAUAACUUUUAUCAAUACCAAGUCGAACCAGAAACGCCUUCUUAAGCAUGGGGGCUCUCACGGUCUCACUGGCCUUCCUGGUUUCCAAUUCAAGACGGUUCCAGACGGUCUCCCUGAUACUUGUGGUGACGAAACUGAACCAACUCAAACCCCAGAAGAGAUUAGUUUGCACCUUUUAAACUAUUUCUUUGAUUCUUUUAUUGAUCUUGUAGACGGGCUUGAAACUCCUCCUACUUGUAUUAUCUGUGAUGGUUGCAUGACUUUCACGAACACUAUUUACGCUGCCGAGAAGCUAAAGGUGCCGCUCAUCCUUUACUGGACUAUGGCUGCCUGUGGCUUCAUGGCAUAUUACCUGCCAAAAGUUCUACUGGACAAAGGACUUGUCCCCCUUAAAGAUGAAAGUGAUUUGACCAAUGGGUAUCUUGACACCUUGAUAGAUUGGAUUCCGGGUAUGGAAAAAGUCCGUUUAAGGGAUCUACCCAAACUUAUGCUAGCCACAAAACCUGAUGAUCCUGGCUUUAAUUGGCUUUUGGAAACGGCUCGGAGGGCUGAUCUAGUUCCACACAUGAUUAUCCAUACUUUUGACGGCUUAGAAGCAAGUCUUGUUAAAGAGGUUAAAUCCAUUUUUCCUAAUGUCUACACGGUUGGGCCUCUGCAGUUACUUUUAAAUCAGAUAACAGAAAAAGAAACCAAUAGCGCAAAUUUAAAUGGAUAUAGUUUAUGGAAAGAAGAGCCCGAGUGUGUCCGGUGGCUGCAGUUGAAGGAUCCAAAUUCUGUGGUGUAUGUCAACUUUGGAAGUUUGGCAACAAUGUCUUUACAAGACUUGAUAGAACUUGGUUGGGGACUCGUUAACAGCAACCAUUACUUUCUAUGGAUUAUACGGACUGAUUUGGUUGAUGGGAACCCUUCCCUUUUGCCACAAGAACUCGAGGAGGUGAUUAGAAAGAGAGGCUUUAUUGCAAGCUGGUGUUCACAAGAGGAGGUCUUGAACCACCCUGCAGUUGGCGGGUUCUUGACCCAUGGUGGGUGGGGUUCAGUGAUUGAGAGCUUGUCGGCUGGGGUACCAAUGCUUUGUUGGCCAUUUUCUCAUGAUCAGCAGGUCAAUUGUAGACAAAUGUGUCAGGAAUGGGAGGUCGGAAUGGAGAUUGAGGGUACUGUGAACAGGGAUGAAGUCGAGAAACUUGUAAGGGAGUUAAUGGAUGGAAUAGAAGGUAAGCGGAUGAGAAAGAAGGCUAUGGAAUGGAAGGAAACGGCGGAAAUUGCUGCAGGUCUUAAAGGCUCGUCUUACCUAAAUAUUGAAAAUCUUGCUCAUGAUAUCACCAUAUUGUCAAGAAACUAGUUUCUCUUACUUUUUUAUUGCAUCUUUCUUCUUUGCUAUUUAAGAUCCAAAGUAACAAUGGCUUCCCAAUUUCAAGUUCAUUAAUUUCUAUCUAGCUGUAGCAUAUCAUAGAACUUGUCCAGGGUCCUAGCUAACACAAUAUGCUAAUACUCUGCUCCUCAUUCCCUGAUAGUACUUUUUCGUCUAUUUACUUGGUUAGCCUUUAUAUCAA